AACUGAGCAGGUUUUUUGGCCCGUUGCCUACCCGGCCCGGUCGGUUCUCAAGCUUCUAAAAGAACGUCACCGAUGAUACUAAAAUUCGCGGACUGCCAUCGGUUUCAUCUUCCGGCGAACGGGACUACAAUUUAAUAGGUUUCCGGCGUUCUCCUGAGCCUUCGAUUGAUUAACCAGCAAAUGCAAAUUACGCCUAAAAUCGAUCUUGCCACCUUCGGUGAACUAAUUUCAGUAUGCAAUUAUGACGUUCUAUCAUUCAACCCUACAAAAUCUGCGAAACAGCAAAUUCUUCGAUUUGGGGUUUCAUUAAUUUGAUUCUUAUACGUUCUUCCUUUAUAGUAUUCAUUGCUUCUAUGUUCUUCGACUUAGGUUUUAGAGCAAUUCAACUGAAUAUGUGGUUGUCUUUGUGUCUAUAUAGUUUCUGAUUUAUACAUAUAGCUUGCUAUAAGGGUUUUAAGGUGAUGGAGACUGUACCUUUAAGGCACCCAUAUCAGACUAUCCCUUCAUCAUCGCAACCCUUGGCACACCAAAAACUUUCUCAACAUCAACAACCUGAGAAAUCCCAGAAACAUUUCCCAUCAUACCUUGAUGCAUAUGAUUUAUCGCCAAGAGCAAGAGCUAUUUGCGAAAUACUUGCUAGGGUUUUUCCGGCGGAGGUUGAAACCGCAUUAUCAGUGACAGGAAUGAACCUCGAGCCUGAAGUUGUACAAGAAGUGAUCAAGUUCUCGUAUGGAUGCCCUGAAGCUACCAUGAUAUUUUUCAAGUGGGUGGGUUUGAAGCAAAAACAUUCGCCUUUAACGUGGAAUUUGAUUGUUGAUUUGCUUGGGAAGAAUCAGAUGUUUGAGCGGAUGUGGGAAGCGAUUAGGUCAAUGACGCAAGAGGGUGUUGUAUCCAUAACUACAUUUGUUUCAGCUUUCAGGAGCUACUGUGAGGUUGGAAGGUUUAAUGAAGCUAUAAAGGCGUUUGAUGCGAUGGAAAAGUAUGGAAUUCAACCUGAUGUUGUGGCUCUCAACUCUCUUUUGAGUGCUAUAUGUCGUGAACAUUUCCAAACAGAAAUAGCAGCAGAGUUUUUCGAAAAAAUCAAGACUAAAAUCCCUCCUGAUGCAGAUUCUUUUGCGAUUUUGUUAGAAGGGUGGGAGAAAGAAGGGAAUGUGGCCAAGGCAAAAACGAUGUUUGCAGAGAUGGUGAUUCGUGUUGGUUGGAGCCCAGAAAACAUGUCAGCUUAUGUAUCUUUUUUGAACACUCUAAUUCAAGAUUCACAAGCUGAUGAAGCUCUGAAGUUUCUUCAUGUAAUGAAGGGAAAGAACUGCUUACCAGGUUUGAAAUUCUUCUCAAAUGCUCUUGAUGUUCUUAACAACCAGAACGAUUCUGCUCAUGCUUUAUCUCUAUGGGAAAUCAUGACAACGAAUGGGUUAAUCCCAAAUUUGGUUAUGUAUAAUUCCAUCAUCACUUUGCUUUGCAAAAAAGAUGAAAUCACCAACGCUUACCAACUGCUCGAUGAAAUGCCUUUCAAUGGAGUUUUCCCUAAUUCCCUAACCUACAACAUAAUUUUCGAAUGUCUGAUCAAGAACAAGAAGGUGAAGGAAACUGGGAACUUUUUCUUGGAGAUGAUAAAGAACGAACAGCCUCCAACCCCUUCAAAUUGUGCAUCUGCCAUAUCAAUGUUUUUUGAACUCGAUGAUCCUGAGAUGGGAUUUGAGAUUUGGUUUUAUAUGAUGAAAGAUGGUGUUUCGCCUCUUGAGGAUAGUGCUAAUGCUUUGCUGAUUGGGCUUGCUAGUAUGGGUAGGCUGACCGAAUUGAGAAGAUAUGUUGAACAAUUUUUUCUUAAAGGAAUCAAGAUUUAUGAAUCUACAAUGGGGAAGUUGAAGAUUGCUUUCCUUAAGGAGGGAAGAAAGGGAGUUAAUGUAUAUACUGAUCUUGAUUGGAAAUGGAGAUCUUCAUAGAAGUUUCUUUCUUUGUUAUUUUACUAGUUGUUUCAAGUCAUUUAGGGUUGUUUUUAUAAGAAUGGAAGAACUUGAAUCAUAAGUAGGAACUUCUUUCAUGGUUAGCUGCAAAUUUUCUUGAUUUAUGAAAAGGGAUAUGUUUUUCUAGUGACA